GUGGUUCUACUGCGCCACUUACUGCGUCUGUGAGCUCAAACUCACGAAUGCUGUCAAUGCUGUCAAAGCAAAAAAAAAGUAAAGCCCAAGGAACCCAAGAUCAAGAAGGAAUCCAAACCUCACAAGACAAAACAGAAAGAUGCUUCCAGUUCUGGUAA